AUGCCAGAAAUCGAGCGAUACACGGGGAUUGGGUGCCCCCGCAUCCAUUUGAGGCUUUACAGUACGAUUAUGAGGGCUCAUGGAUUGGACGGGGCUCAGAUGAUCAUGCUUUUCCCCAUGUCUUUAGGUGGCGCUGCACAGCGCUGGUUUGCUUCUUUGGAUGUAUCACGUCGUCGGACUUGGGAUGAUCUGGCCCAAGAGUUCUUGAGACAGUAUGCAUUUAAUACUGUCAUUGACGUAUCGAGGAGGGAGCUCGAGGCUCUUAGGCAGAGAUCAGACGAGUCAGUUUCUUCAUUCAUCUCCCGCUGGCGUGGGAAGAUUGCCGAGAUAGUGGAUAGACCGUCAGAGAGAGAUCAGAUUCAGAUGGUUUUGAGGAGCCUACAGCCGAGGAUUGCCAGGCAUGUGGUCGGGGUACCUUUUACAGAUUUUGGAUCUCUGGCUCUGGCUUUGUAUGAUGUCGAGGAUGGCAUCUCGAGAGAGGCCUCUCAGGCGUCAUCAGCCUAUCCACAGCUUCUGGAGGCUCGUCCAUCUUACACGCCUCAGCAGUACAGGCCACGGGCACCUUACCCGACUUAUGAUCAGAUAUAUCAGCCUCAGCCUUUGGCUUUGCCUUAUUAUGCUACUCAGAGCAUCGAGAGGCCUCCUAUUUCUUACACGGCUACAGGACAGCCAUGCUAUGCUGCCAGUUCACUGCGAGACCCGCAGCUCCUUAUCCCCGACCCAGAGCUCAGCAGACUUCUGCUCCUUUGCUUUGAGGACGCAGAGACAGCUCUUCGGAAGCUCACAGAGGCCGGAGUAUUGGCCGCUCUCACUCCGAGACCACCGCCUCAGCCGAUUCCGCCUCAGUUCAGGAUGGAUCUACACUGUGCAUACCAUCAGGGGCCUGGACACGAGACCGAUCGAUGCACCGCUUUGAGGCAUGCCAUUCAGGAUUUGAUCGACCAGGGUUUGGUACACUUGGGUCAGCCGAGUGUGACCACGAACCCGUUGCCUGCUCACACCACACAUGCAGUCCCUCCACCAGCCGAUGGCAUUCAUUUCUUAGAGUUUGAUGAGAUCGAUGACCACAUCCACAUGCUGAGUGAUGACGAUUCAGACCCAGAGCCCAUCAUGCCAGAUGUGAUUUAUGAGAUGAGUGGGGUGACUCUAGGUCCUCGGAUGCCUGCUCCAUUCCGAUUGGUUCCCGAGGCGGCAUCGGUGCAGGCUGCCACUGUUGAGCCAUUGAUUUUGCCGCAUUACAGUGUCCGGACGCCUUUCAUCUUGAUCCCGGAUGUUGAGGAGGUUCAGGCUCCACACGUUGAUGAUUCUCAGACUCUGGACAUUCAGUAUGUUCUCCGAGGAGGUAGAGUGAUGCGACAGCCACCUCCCGCGGCAGCUAGGCCAGUUGAGGGUACGUCCGCUCCCGAGGAGGUCAGAGCCGAGGACGAUGAGAUUUUGAGGCAGUUGCAGAGCACUCAGGCUCGUAUUUCCAUCUGGAGCCUCUUAGCGUCCUCCAGUACUCAUCGGGAUGCACUGACUCGAGCUUUGAGUCAGAUCAGAGUUGAUACCACGACCACUCCCGAGGGAUUGAUCCACAUGAUGACGGCGGCCGAGCCACAUGCAUCGUAUUCUCAGACGAUGAUUUGCCACCUGAGGGCUCAGAUCACACGCGUCCACUCUACAUAUCUGUCGGUUGUUCAGGUCGCCGAGUCCCAUCUGUCCUUCUGGACAAUGGUCGGCCCUGAACGUGUGCCUCUCGCCACUGCCAUUGCCCUCGGAUACGCUCCUUCUGACUUCGGUCCCUCCACUCAGACCGUUCGCGCGUAUGAUAGCACUCGGAGGGAGGUCAUGGGUACAUUGGAGAUCGAGCUACUGAUUGGUCCAGCCACUUUUCGCCGUAAGGUGAAGUUUAUUCAUGAUGGUCGGGUCGUCGUGGUGCAGUCUGCGGGUGAUAGGUUCAUCUCUGCCGAGCCCGUACUCGAGAUUAGUCACGCUGAUGAUGAUCUUUUUCUGACCGGAUUUACCUUUGAUGAGGUACAGACUCUGGAGAUGGAGGAUUUCUGCCGAGAUUUUGUAGCCAUGUCCUUCGACCAGCACAGCAGCACGGUGGUGCUCGAUAUUAUGCGGAGUAUGUCUUAUCUUCCUGGUAUGGGCCUGGGGCGGCGUCAGCACGGGCCUAGUGAGUUCAUGGCCUUCCGGACCGCGACGUACCAUUCGGGCUCGGAUUCAUUCCCACUGAGGCUGACUAUCGUCAUAUGGCGCGACUGCGCAGGGAGAGGGUGA